AUGACAAUCUCAGUAGAGACAACGUCUCUUUUCGAUGAGCUACAAGACGAUUACAAGAACCAAAAAACUGUGAAGCAAUUGGGAGACUUGCUCAGGUCGGAAGAUUUCAGAUCCAGUGAUGAUAUUCACAGCCACAUCUCCAAGCUAGUAGAAUAUGUGAACCAAAGCAUUGCAGACUAUAUGGCAUGUUUAAUGAGCUCUGAGUACUCUGAAAUUGGUCCAGUGACAGCUGUGUUGCUUGAAUAUUUACGGGUUUUGGUCAAUUUCACUGCUGAUAGCGAUAGAAACCGAGACUAUUUAACUACUAGAUCAGCUCCGGAAGUCGACAUCUUAUGGCGAACUUUAGGGGAAGCAGUUUCGUAUCCUACUGAGUUGAAACAUGCUGGAGAGGUUGCAGACCGUGUCGUUGUUUUGGUUAGUCAGUUCUUUCGUGGAACCACAGAACAUGAUCGCUAUUUGAAGUUCAUCUAUUCGUACAAAUUUUUCUAUCUGCUCUUCCACGUAUUGGUGGGUCAAUAUUGCGUGGAGCGUCCAGACUUUGAUAUCAUGGAGACCCAGCUCUUAAUUGAAGUAAUUCUGGAAUUGGUAGAUGCUAACAUCGACAAUCUUGCCACAGAUGCUGUUUGCAAAGAACGGACUUUCGAGUAUAUCUCACAGUUCUUGAGUUUCUUGGAGAUCCUGGUGCGAAGAUUUGACGACUUGGAAAAGCAGCACGAUAUAGCAGAUAUAGACGAAGUCAUAGCCAACUUGAUUCUGAUCAUAUUCUCUCUUUCAGCAAGUGAAGAAAUCUACAAUAUUGGCAAUAUCAGAGUGAUAGAGCGUCUUCUUAAGAUAUUGUCUAUUCUUCCAACAAAGUUGUCUUCUAAUACCAUGAAUAGAAGGAAGUUGUUCUCGACUAGUGGAAGAUUGUCUUCUUUGAAGAACUAUGGAAAUAUUGAAGACUUGUAUUUGUGCAUAGACUAUUUCAGAAGAACAGAGACUGAGGCUAUAGACUCUUACGCCUUAGCAGCUUCAUCUAUCAUUCUUGGCAACUUCAUCACCAGUCGUGAAACAGCCGACCAGAUCAUACUGUUGAUCGAUAAGAGAAUAGGAAUGCUGAAGUUCUUCCAUUUGUACUUCCAUAACUUCACGAUCAAUGACGUUAUCCAGUUACAGGCAGUACAUCUCUUGAGUAAUAUCAUGACCCCUACAAAUGCAAACCUUAUUUUUGCAAAUUACGACUUGUUGUUCAAUAAGUACACCAAAAUUAUAGUCGACAACAGAAACUACUAUCAAGAAGUGCUUAAUAUCUAUCUCAAGUUCAUAAAGCUGCUUGUUAGAGCCAGUCUUUCCUUUGCAAAAGAGAAAAACAUCAUGGAUUACUGUUCGAUGUGGCAGUAUCUUUUCACGAAUGUGGAAGAGCUGGUGAGUAUAAACGAAGUGAAAUUGCUCAUAGUUCAAGCUUUAAUCCAAUUCCAGGGCAAAGACGAUUCGGUGACUACAGUAAACGCCGUCGAUUGCAUCAGAUCGGUUUUGAACACUGCAAUUUGUCCUUUGGAAAGCACCAAUAUCCCAAUCCAAUACAUAUUGGAGAAACUCAAGACUCUUGGAAUCUUAUUCCAUACGCUUACAUCUAACGGAGCCAGUCUCCAGUAUCUUGUAGAAAAAUUCUUCAAUAAUGACGCUGAACUCUUUAAGGAGAAGUUUUUAACCAUUUAUGGUUCAUUUUUAGAGCAACUUAAGCUGCAAGUCUUGGACCCAAGUCUGGCCCAGAACGAAUCCCAAUUUGCAGUACUCUUAAAUAAUUCGAAGUUUGUUGCAGGAACUACAGUAUCAUUCUUAAAGAACCGAGACUUGAAGGAAAAUGAGUCCUUGGAUGACAUCAUCCUGCUUGUGAUAUCAACUU